AUCCCACAAUGCAACGCGUUACCUUUGACCCCUCUUCCCCAGCACAUGGCUAGCGGUUGAUCAUUUUUCUGAGUGUUUGAUUUGAUCAUAAAUCUGUUUAUUAGUGUUUGAUCAGUCUGUCUGCUGCCAAAUGAAAGUCAAAGUCCUCUCGAGAAACCCGGAUGAUUAUGUCCGAGAGACCAAACUGGACAUUCAGCGGGGUGAGUGUACAGGACUGUUUGCUACAUUGACUACCAGCUCGGUUUGUGUUUGAGGUGUAGGGGAGAGUGGGGUAAGAUGAGACAUGUCUUCAUAUUUCGGAUCACUACAUCAAGGCGUUCAUGGUUACAAACAUAACUUUCUUGAUAAUAUGGCAUGCCGAAAAAGUGGUCCCCUAUGGUCAACUUACCCCGUGUAUGUUUGGGGUAAAUUGACCAUAGGAGCGGGGUAAGUUGAGCUGUAUCUCUACAACCCCCCCACUCUCCACCCCAACCCUCCCUUACCUUCUCUCUCCCUAAAUAACAGUCACUUCUUCACAUUCAUGUGUAUUUUUAUCUAUUAUACAUUCUUCAACUGGUACAAUAAUUCUUUUUUAUUAUUAUUGCAUUUAAGUGCUAAAAAGCUGUUUUGUUCUUUUACCAUUUCCAAACAACAGGGGGUGGCUCAAUUUACCCCUCUCUCCCCUACAUGAGUUGAAUUGUCCUAAAGUAAAUGUUCCCUUUGCUCAUAGAGGAAUAAUAACUGUCUUAUAUUAGUUCCCAGAAACUAUGACCCUGCACUCCAUCCAUUCGAGGUGAGCAGAGAGUACACCCGGGCUCUGAACGCCACCAAGCUCGACAGGGUGUUUGCGAAGCCCUUCCUGGCCUCUCUGGAUGGUCACAGAGAUGGAGUCAACUGCAUGGCCAAGCACACCAAGAGCCUCUCCACGCUGCUGUCUGGCGCCUGUGAUGGGGAGGUAACUAUUUUUGCACCAUGUCUAACCAGACGUAUGAACUAGCUGUAAGCAUGGAGGUGUGACAAGCUUCUUCACUGAUGUUUGAUUUGAUUCACAGGUAAAAGUGUGGGAUCUGACCAAACAUGAAUGUGUCCGCACGCUCCAAGCACAUGAAGGUUUUGUCCGGGGGAUAGUUGUCCGCUACUGUGGGACGUCUUUCUUUACGGUACCUGCUGCUAGUCCGUCCUUUAAACCCUGAGCCUCGCUAAGACAACAGACUGUUUGUUUUUCUAAAUCUUUGUCUGUCUCGAACAGGUCGGUGAUGACAAAACUAUUAAGCAAUGGAAAAUGGAAGCGCCAGGUUACGGAGAAGAAGAGGAACCACUCAACACUGUCCUUGGCAAGGUAAAGUCACCGGGUAUUUGCUGUGGUAUUAUGAUUACAGGCAGCUGUGGCUGCAUCAUGGCGAGAGAGGUUGUGCCUGAAGCAUCCCUUUGGUUGUACUGAGGAUGCUUUUUGUCCCUCACAGACGGUCUUUACAGGACUGGACCAUCAUCAGAACCAGGCUGUGUUUGCUACAUGUGGCCAGCAGGUGGACAUUUGGGACGAGCAGAGGAGUAGCCCGAUCCGCUCUUUCACCUGGGGCGUAGACAGCUUCAGCUCUGUCCGCUUUAACCCUGUGGAGGUGAGACACAGGCUGCUUUAAUGUGCUUUUCAUCCAUGUCAACACUCAUAUACUUAAAACUUACUUAAAAUAAAACUUGAUAAUAAUCUUGCUGUUAUCUGUCCCACAGACUGAACUCCUUGCAAGCUGUGCCUCUGACAGAAGUAUAGUUCUGUAUGACAUGAGAGAAUCAGCACCACUUAAAAAGGUAACCCCCACCUGCUGAAGUUCCUGAAGUAAAGGACCCUUCCUCUCCUGUUUCUUUGUGGCGUAAUGUUAACUUGUGUCUGUGUGUUUUCCUUGUAGGUUAUCAUGAAGAUGAGGAGUAACACGGUCUGCUGGAACCCUAUGGAAGCUUAUUACUUCACAUGUUCAAAUGAGGAUUACAAGUAAGUUGAGGAUUUAAGGUUCUUACUAUGAGAGAGAUUCACAUCUUUUUUCUCUUGGCAUGAGCUGGCUCUGAAACUGAGCUUUGCCUUAACAGCCAUAAAUGCCCGAGCGUGCACCUCGCAAAAUGCAGAGCUAAUGCAAGAUCCCAUCAUUGUGUUACCUUUUAUGUUUAACUAAAACACAACCUCAAUUUUGAUAUGUGACUUUGUCUCGUCAGCCUCUACACAUACGACAUGAGAUACCUGGACCGGCCACUCACAGUGCACAUGGACCAUGUCUCUGCAGUACUAGAUGUGGAUUACUCGCCCACUGGAAGAGAGUUUGUAUCAGCAAGUUUCGACAAAACAAUCCGGAUCUUCCCCAAGAACGCAGGACACAGCAGGUUAGUACAGCCCAGAGCAUCAAAACCAAAAACACGAAAUGAAGCUUGCUUCUUUAAACAAUUUAUCUACAUCUGAUUAAAAACGUUAAAUAAAACAAAUCAGUCCUCACACUGCAAAUAUCAUGUCUAAACAGAUCCUGGCUGCUAUUUGAUAUCAGCUCUGUUUUAAAAUGAAACAGUUUGUUGUUGCUUCUGACAGAAAUCCCUCUAAAAUGUACCGUCUAAGAUAAUCAUGUAUCUACCUGCUUGAAAAGGCCUUAUUUCAUUAUGCAUUUGAUAAAUGUCCCCUUUUCAUUGUUUAAUUUAAGGGAAGUUUAUCACACCAAGCGCAUGCAGCACGUCAUCUGCACAAAGUGGUCAGCAGACAACAAAUACAUCCUAAGUGGUUCUGAUGAAAUGAACAUCCGGCUGUGGAAGGCCAACGCAUCUGAGAAGCUCGGAGUGGUAAGUCCCGCCUCCUCCUCCUCCUAUAUCAUGUCUGCUUAAUAAAUCCUAUUAAGAAAAGUCAACAUCAAAGCAAAGGGAGCUUGUUGCUUCUCAGCAGCUUGUUGGUAAACAGUAAGAGUUGAUCCGCGCUCCAAUAAAACAAGUUUUUUUUCGCUCAGCUGUCCUGCUGUACACGGUUUCUCUCUCUACUCUGUCUGUCCUGAUAUUGUUGUAUGAGCUAGCUGCAUCCUCCGACACUGCCAUGGCCCUGGGCCCACCUCAGCAGGGUAAAAGUGGGUGCUGAUGCCAGGGGCAGCGGCAUGAUGUUGCCAAAUGCCUUGAUGGAUGCUGACUUAGGGAAGAAUCACUCUCAAUAAGUACAAUGUAUCAAUUGGCACGGCUGCCAUCCUAGCAGGUAGAAGUAAAUAAAAACCUCAAGCUCGUGUAUUUUCUUAUUUUCUUGGAAAGAAACUGUCAAAUAUUCCUAUUUCUUAUGCUUUAUCUUCAGACUUUUUGUGUCUUGUUUAACAAUCACCAUGUGCGACAGUGAAGACUGUGUAAGCAGAAAUGAUCGCCUGGAUGCUAUUUUAUGCUCGUCUGUCAAUGAAGCUCACAUAAAAUGCUGGGAAAUGUUCCAGUGCCCCAAAUCUCUGCAAGGGCUGUGUAAUAAAGAUCAAUAACAUCCCAUGUGCCAUCUCCAACAGCCAUCAUUCAUUCCUAAUCGGACUCACUCUUGCUUAUUCUCUUAAUGCAGCUUCGGAGUGGAAAAUUGGCCUGCUUUUGGCACUUGUUUUACUGUCACUGUGUUAGAGAUUUAUCCGCAAGCUUUGCACUUAAAGAGAUCAGACAAGGGCUGCUCCUAUCAGCAGUUUAAAUCGGCCAAUCACUUAAAGCAGGCCACUCCGAACAUAAUGAAGCAUUAACAAUCAAAUUGUACUGAAAGGGUCUUUAAUUAUCAAGAAAUGCUGAAAUGCUAGAUCGAGGCUUUGUCUGUGUCUGUAGGCAUCACGUUGGAUUAAUCAGGACUCCCCCUAUCAGCUGCUGCACAGUUUCAUACCUCAUUUUUACAUGAGAAACCUUUGACCCCAGAGAGAAAAGUCCAAAAAUAAAGAUAUCUUGAACGAGAUUAGCUCUGAUAAAUGUGAGGAGGGUUGAAAAGAGAGGAAGCAGUGAGUUACCAAGAAGAUGGCAACAACUUAGCAUGCCAGCAUGACUCAUUUGAGUCCACAAACAAAUUGUGUUUAAAGGAGCUCUCACUGCUCUAUGUUUGGUCAGGGCUGAAGUAAAAACUUUGAAAAGUUUGGGUUGUUCGAUGUCGCAGUAGUUGUUUUUGAUGAUUGCUUUACAUCAAGCGACAAAGUAACUUUAUUUAAAAGACGUCGUAAUGAGUAACAACCCCUGUCCACAGGCUGCGGAGCGAAACGUAUAAGCAGCCAGCUACACUGCCUUUAAUGCUCACUCAGUGUAUACACUGAAAGUGUUCAGUCACUGUAGUGCUGUGUGCUCACUUUUGCAUGAACCCAAUACUCAAGUCAAGCAAGUCACACAUGCAAGUCCGAAGACGACUUGUGAAGCCUGAAAAGUGUGGGUGUGAGGGAUACUGGGUCCGUAUGUUGAUAGAGUAGAUGUCUGUAUUUGUUUAGGACACAAGUACAACUUUAACUCUGAAGGGUUUGGUUUUAGCAAUAUUGUCUUUCAAGAUUCAUCAGUCUUAGUCAAAUCCAACAAAGAGUGCUCUUUGUUUUGUUUGUUUGCAAUAAUUCAUUUAAAUUCAUGUCACAGUUGUGUGUUUUACCGUGUUUUUUCAGUGGAGAUUAUUUCUGGCAUGUGCUGGCCGUUGGCUUCACUCUCUACUCUGGCAAAACUGUGCUUGCUUGUUUUCCUCGGUCUUCCAGAGUUUUCCAGGUCUUGGUUGAGCUCAGUGAGAUCAGUGUGUAAAAGACUGUGAGGGUCCUGUUUCAGUGGAUUUCCAAACUUUGCCAUGCUUAAGGACCCCUGCAGCUACUGACCCUCUGGCACAUAUCAAGACAUAAAUGAUAAAAGUCCUUAUUGUCAUUCAUGUUUACCAAUCUUGUCAUCACUGCAAUCAAACACACUCCUAACAGUGUGUACUUCUUCUGUUAUAAACAACAAAACCAGCAUUGACAGAACACAAGGCAGUAUAUUCCUCUGUAACAAAUACCAACUUUUCAUCAAAUCCAGUUCAGCUGGUGGUUAGCAUCGAACAACAUUCUUCGAAGGCCUUUUUUUCUUUUUUUUAUUACACAUGACAUUUACAUCUUCAAGGCUAAUUCUGUCUAUUUUGUUUUUUUACAUCCCCUGUUGUAAAAUCUGAUAAUAUCUCUAUUUAACAAAGAAAGUACAUUACACAAAGGUUUGACUGUGGCUUACUUCAGCAGCAUGAGCCUGAAAAAAAACACAAGCAUAUUUUCUUUUAAUUUUCUCACUUAAAGUUGCUGAAAUGACAAUGUCAUAAUAAAGAUGUGUACAAAUACUGAUACAGUCAUCGUGGUAGGUAAUACUGGCACUUUACAUUCUUCUGUUUAAGAUUUGGUUCAUGGGACCAGAAUUCAAUGACCUUCACACAGUUGUACUUUUUAUGCUUUUUCAAUCCUUUGUCACUUCAGUGUGUUCUGUUAUGAGAGCGCCACCAGAUGUAACACACUGCUGUGCCUCAAAAUGAACGUCCGUAGUCAUGUUUUUAUAACGGCUUUUAUAUUAAAGUAAGUGUAGGUUUCAUGUGCCCCACUAUCAAAACAAAAUCACAGGGACUCUACAAGCUGAUAUCCACUUUUUGGAUUAUAUUACCAUUGUUGAGCAAGCUCAUCAUGUGUGUAACGAGGGGAAUUAGUUCAGCCGACAGGAUCAGCGUCUGACAGCUCUUCUACAACAAAUUGAAUCUGAGACAAAUCAUUGCUUUUAAUUAGAAUAAAAGCCUUCCAGGAGGGCGGCCUUGGCCAAGACCAGCCUGAGAAGCUGCCGGGUUUUAUGAGAAAGACCGAGGGAUGCUGUUGAGCUGGUGUCUUCACUUUUUAACAGACAUUGAUUCACUUUUCAAUGAGUACGUGUCAGGCUGAAAUAACUGCUUACUGCUCAGACAAGGGGUGCUAAGAUUACAAAUUUUAAUGGUAUGAUUAUUCGUCUGAGUGAUGAUUAUGGUUUUACUCUAAUCAUGGUUAUUAAGCAUUCAUCAAUUUUGCAACAUUACAAAUGUGUAAAAGACUUCAUGCUGUUUUGCUGCUCUUGUAUUUCUUUACUUGAAAGCCAAACUUUCCCUGAAAUGCAGUUGACCCCGACACAUUUAUAUUUGAUUUCAUCAGCCCUCUAGAAUAAUAUCCCUCAGCUAUCAUUUGUCAUCUUUCCCACAAUGUCCUGAUCAGCUGUCUGAAAUACUCGGUUGAAGUCAGUGACCUGACACUGACUUAGUUCAUUCUGUCAAACAGGUCUUCUCUGUAGUGCUUGGAAAUGCCCUCUCCCUUUGUGCCCCUUUCUCGUGGUGUCCCCCAGGGAUCUAUCUCGGAUCCCCUUUUAUUCACUGUAUACAUGCUCCCCCUAGGGCAACUCCUGCAUAGGUAUGGUGAGGACUUUCACUGCUAUGCAGAUCACAAUCAGCUCUAUGCUUAAUUAAAACCUGGCAACACUGAUGUCUCUGACUGAAAUCAAGAACUGGAUGUUUGAAAAUGUUCUACAGCUGACAGACUCCAAAUCUGAAGUUAUUGUCAUUACUCCCCCUUCCCUGAAUUUAAAGGGAUAUUCCGUUGUAAAUUUAAGUUAGGGUCAAACACACUGUAACACCGAGUUAGACACCCCCUCCAGAAAGGAAUGUUGCUGACUGCCUGCUUCUCUAGUUUUACCAACUUCAGCAACGACCGCACCAUAGCAAUACACCGCAGUCUACAUCUCCAUGUGCAAACCUCAACCAUAAAUGCCACUCUAUAGCCACAAAUAAUGCUCAGAACAGCACCUAACUUCAUCAACAGUACAUAUAGGGUCCCAGCCAUAAUACUAGCCAUCAAACAUCCUUUUGGCUUUGCCUGAUUUCUUUAGCAAAGAGACCAAACACAACUUCCACUCUCCUCCAGCCGCUUGUUUGUAGGGGAGCCCUGACGAGUUGAUCACCGAGUGCAGCGGAGUUCCGCUGCUCAAGGAAGAAAAUUUAUGAUCAUUACUUAAUGGAAAAGCAAUCAGAUUUUUUAUGUAUCUUGUUGGUGCACUGCAGACGCAGUAGUUCUUCUGCCUUAGCGUCUCGGUCUGAUUUCAUUUCCAUGAAGUAAUAAUCAUUAAUUUUCCGGUGUACUCUGUGAUCGACUCUUAAGAUUUUUAAAGCCUCUCUUCCAAUUCUCCUCUUUAUGCACAUCUCCUUUCAGCAUCUCAUACAUUUUUGGUCUAACUAAUCUAUAUUUUCUUGUGUUGUAGCUCGGCCCAAGAGAGAGGGAGGCCAGAAACUACAAUCAGAAGCUGAGGGAGAAGUUCCAGCACCAUCCGCAGAUUAAGCGCAUCGCUCGUCAUCGACACUUACCCAAGAACAUCUUCCAUCAGAGCAAGGAGCUGAGGAUUAUGAAAGAGGCUCGCCGGAGGAAGUAUGCAGCCCUUACUUUACUCAAAAAGUUGUGAAUGAGCUGAUUUAGGUGAUGCUGACUCAGGCUCCUGUCAGCUUAGGUCUGACCUGUGUAGUCACGGAUGAGAUCGCCCUCAAUGACAUGGUCUCAGUAGGACUUACUCAUGUACAGCUGUAUGGUGGAUUGAUUGACCCACUUAGUUCUGCUUCGCUGUGAUUCAUAGCUCAGUCUGCAAGUUUGUUUUUCCUAACUUGGAGUAUUGUUACAUGCCAGACGUGUUUGACUGUGGAUGAGUUGUUCGGUCAACAGUCUGUAAUUCCUCUGCCUCUCAGUUUGCCGAUCCGUUUCUUCCUCUUCACUACAUUCUUUCCUGGUUAUUCUUGGACGGCAUUAUUUACUUCUUCUCUUGUUUUCCAGGGAGAGUAAUGUCCGGAAGCACAGCAAACCAGGAGCUGUCCCCGUAGUGUCUGAAAAAGAGAAGCAUGUUUUGACUGUGGUCAAAUAGGAGCAGUACGAAGAAGAGAAGACAGGAGGACCACAAUCGAGAGAGAAGGUGGAGACCAAUACUACACCAACAUGGGACAUUUCCAGACUGUUCUUAUUUGAGAAUAAAAGGUGUCAAUUCUGCAUCAUUUUAAAGUUUGAGGACACAGACUGUAAAUACAUGAACAACACAUCUUUUUCUUCCUUUAUCACGAAUUUUGGGUGUUUCUUUUUUUUUUCUCCAGACCAAUUACAGGUUCUUUUUUUUAUGUGCAAGUUUUUGUUAAAAGCAAAAAAGUUUAAGAAGGUGAGUUUACAUGAACCAGUCAUGACAAGUAUGUUGUAUUUAUAAUAAACUUCUUAACCAAGAAAUGAGAAUAAAAAAUAAUGCUGUGAAAUAAAAAUUAGGAGAAAAUUAUCUCUAUUUCCCAAAUCCAAAGUCAAC